GGCCGCGGGCCGAUCGCACUUACGCCUAUCUUCUCUCUUUCCAAUAACCUGUAACACAAUUCCAACUUUGGUCCACUCAUCGCUUUCUCAUUACUCAUCCUCCUUUCAACGCACAAUGACCAUCGAAGUUCACCACGAAACAGGCCGUAUCGAGGUCGGCCAUACGCGCGACAAAAAGGUGCCUCUGAAACUGUACUAUGAAAAGACCGGUAACGGCCCCAAGAAGCUGCUGCUUAUCAUGGGCCUGAAUUCUCCUGGUAGCGCCUGGGAGCCUGUCGUCGAGCACUUUUCCAGAAACCCCGAGUACACCACAGUGUUCUUUGACAACCGCGGGGUUGGUCAUUCGGAUGCCCCCAAGGGCCUCUAUUCCACUUCGCAGAUGGCCCAGGACACCCUCGGCCUCCUGGACGCGCUCGGCUGGAAGGAAAAUAUCCACGUAGCCGGUGUCUCGAUGGGAGGCAUGAUCUCUCUCGAAUUAGUCCACGCAGACCCCAAGCGCUUCGCAUCUAUGGUGCUGACCUCAACCAAUGCCGGCCGAUCUCCUCCUCAGCUCGUCACCGUCUCUUUCCUCUCCAGAGUCGUGCUGCUCAGGGAGCCGGAUGCGCGCAUCAAACUGAUUUCAGAGACUCUCUAUCCCACGAAAUGGUUAGAGCAGCCUGCUCCCAAGAAUUCGGGCUUCAGCACCAACCGCGAGUUGGUGGCGACUACCUUGAAACGACGAUUUGCCACUACACCACUGCAGCCCCUCCACGCCAACAUUGCCCAGUCUUGGGCAGCGCUUUUCCAUCACGUCAACUCGAAGCGGCUAGCCCAAAUUCGUGACUCUGGACUUCCCGUUCUGGUGCUGACAGGCACGGCCGAUAACUUUGUGAGACCCUCGGGCUCAUAUCACCUGGCCAAGGAGCUCGGCGCUCCGUUGGUCGUCUUUGAGGACUCGGGUCACGCGUUGCCUGGAGAGCAGACUGAGACGUACUGCAGAUUCAUUGAAGAAUUGGUCGAGAGGGGCAAGAACGGCGUCUUUGAACUCACGAGCUCGUUGUAGCGGUGUAGAUGUCAGGUUCAAAUAAAGCAUGGGUCCUCU